CUGAGAAGCGAAGCGCCACCCACUAAAGCUAUGCAGAAGUAGAAAAGCGAUAUCAGAUGAAGGACUGAAGAUUUCGUUCCAGUCAACAGUCAACCGAUACUGAAGUCUGUCUCCACUGGGAGUGUUUACUGGUUUUUAUCUCCUGUAGUGGUCACUCACCUCACACACACUUGUUGGACAUGGGCUUUCUACUGACCAAGAUGAUGGCGGUGUUCGGGGACAGAGAGCACAAAGUCAUCAUUGUGGGUUUGGACAAUGCUGGAAAGACCAGCAUCCUCUAUCAGUUUCUGACAAAGGAAGCCGUCCACACAUCACCAACCAUUGGCAGCAACGUUGAGGAGAUCAUCGUGCGUAAUACACACUUCUUGGUUUGGGAUAUCGGAGGACAGGAGAGCCUUCGAGCCAGCUGGUUCUCGUACUACUGCAACACAGAGAUUGUCAUUCUGGUCGUGGACAGCACCGACCGUGAACGUCUCACUCUCACCAAGGAAGAGCUGCACCGAAUGCUCGCACAUGAGGACCUACAGAAUGCGGCCGUCCUUAUUUUGGCCAACAAACAAGACGUGAAGGGCUCGAUGACGGCGGCAGAGAUCUCCCAGUGCCUCACGCUCGACUCCAUCUCCUCACACUCGUGGCAUGUUCAAGCUUGCUGCGCCCUGACUGGAGAGGGUCUACCGGCCAGUCUGGACUGGAUGAAGUCUCGGGUUGUUGCAAACUAGAACGCGUUCAGACGCAGUGGAUCGAACUACCUCAAACUGAGCCAACCUCCAAAGGCACUGCAGAGGCCAAACGUGUCGGGAUUAUUAACAGUCGUAUGGAGAAAAGUCCUUUGAACAUGGCGUCACGUGAUAGAGCCUCCCUCGCCACACCUGCAGUAUGUCUAACCCGGCUGUGUGAGGCGUCAGGGUGUGGAUGGGCAGCAGAGAAACGUGGGGGAUCUUAGAGUUGGUUAACGUUGGUUAAGGUUGGUUAACGUUGAUUCUCGCACUGUUCAAGAAGUUCUUCUCAGUUGUGGUUAUGAGGAUGUACACCGGCGGGUUUACUGUGGAUUUGUCCUUCAGUGACACCUGUAGACAGAUGCACCGUGUUCAUUAGAAAUCCUACCAGAACAAUAAUCCCACAUUCUUUACUGGUCUCAAUGGGAUUUUUUCUCUACUGUGGUUAUUCAAUCUUACUUUAUUGAAAUGUAAAGUAAUAAUUAAAGUAUCAUUCAUUCAUUAAUUGCUUAAACUGAAUACGUUGUACCAAAGAUGUUACAACCUUCAUUUAGGGCAGGAAGUCACAGAUGAUAAUUGAUAACACAAAAAUAUAUGUUAUUUUAUUAUGCUAAUCUGGUGCCCAUUCAUUGCUCCUGUGCCUUCAAGUUUUGAGCAUGACAAUCAUAAUCUAAUUUUGAUCUUUGAUUGGUGAUCUCUCUUAAUUUAUCUUAACUACUGCAACCAAAUGUAUUACCUCACUAGUUAUAAAACAGCUUUCCAGUGACAAUCUGUAUCAUGGAAGACUUUUACACCAUAACUGACAAUCUGAAGAACACAAACUGUAGCUCCUGUGGCCGCAGAAACUUUGGGAUACAAGGUUGCACCUGUUUUAAUUCUAUUUUAUGCCAUUGAACAACAAGACUCUUUUGUCAGACGUGUUAAUUUAUUUAUUUUUAAGAAAACAAAGCUCUUGAACUAUUUACUGUAUGUUACAGAAAUUUCCUGAAAAGGAAAAAGAGCUAGCUGCUACAGACUGAUUAAUAUUUUGAAAGUAUAUAUUUGUUGUGUAAUUAAAAAUAUAUUAUUAU